AGAAAAUGAAUCAUAGCGCCUUGCGGUAUACUGAGUUCAUCCUGCAAGGUGUCCCUAAUGGUGAUGGGCAUGACCUCGUGAUAUUCAUCUCCUUUCUCUUGGUGUAUAUUGUCAUCAUUGUAGCCAACCUGACCAUCAUGUUCCUGGUGAAGACUGAGUCCAAUCUCCACAGUCCCAUGUAUUACCUGCUCUGCAUCCUUGCUGGUAUUGACAUAAUCCUCAGUAGUGUGACCAUCCCCAAGAUUUUAGCCAUGUAUUCAUUUCAAUCCAAGAUGAUAUCGCUGGAGGCGUGUGUCACCCAGAUGUUUUUUGUCUACUGCACAGCAUUAAGUGAAUCGACACUUCUGGUGGCGAUGGCCUAUGACCGAUAUGUGGCCAUUUGCCAGCCAUUUAACUACCACAAGCUGAAGCUCCGUUACGUUCUGUCUGCUGUGGCCCUGAUUAUUUUCCUCCGAGCCAUGUUGUUUGUUGCAGUGGCAGCCUUACUGACCCAAGCUACCUACUGCCGUUCCAAUUUUAUCCAGAAUUGCUACUGCAAUUAUGGCUCUCUCUCCAAGCUGGCCUGCCAAGGCGUGACAGUAAGUGAUGCCAUCACCUACCCCCUGUCCUUCCUCAUCACCUUGCCGGACAGUUCCCUCAUCAUCUUCUCUUACUUCAAGAUUUUCAAAGUGGCCUUCCAUGCCGGCCAGGGGGAAGCGCGCAGCAAAGCACUUAAUACCUGCACCAGCCACUGCUGCGUCCUGAUGCUGUUCUACACCAGCGCUCUCUUUGAGUUCACCAUGUACCUGGUCCCCAGCAUCUUCUCUUCCGAACUGCACUUUGUGGUGGCUGUCACGUUCGCUAUCUUCCAACCCGUCUUCAAUCCCAUCAUCUAUGGUGUGAGGACAAAGGAAAUCAGGAAUAGCUUCCUCAAGCUGCUGGGAAGAAGGAGAGUUACAGACGGAUCAUGAACGAGUUCAAAUAAGGGCCGAGUGGUGUUAUCGCUAUACUAUUGGUCUAGAGUCCGAGGUAAUGCUCUGUGGACUGGGGUUCAAAUCUGGAAUUUGAAUUCAGCAAUAACAGCACUGAGAUUAUGGGGAAAAACCAUACAGAUCACUUUAGUGAAGGAUAUGUAUUGCCCACAUUUGGACUGGCUUACAUUGACUUCAGACCCAUAACAGCAUGAAUGAUGUUUCUACUGCUUUUGGGGCAAUUAGCCAUGAGUAAUAAAUGCUGGCCUGGCCAGUGAUACCUACAUCCUAUGAAUGAAUAAAGAAAACACUGCUCUUAAA